AUGGCCUCAAAGGCCCUGAGAGCUGGCACUGCCCACCCUGGCAACUCACAUGCAGCCUCCACCCCUGGCAGUCCCCCAUGCUGGGGUCCCCACUGGGAAGAUGACCUCACAGGUCCUGAUCUGGGACCAGGGCUCCCUUGUGCCAAACACAGAAGGAAAAUGCAGUGCUCUUUUGCUCCCCAGGUGACCAAAACAGCAGAAGCCCCUGACAAAGACCACGAGAAACCAAAGGGAACAAAGGAGACCAAAGAACUGCAAAACCCUCAGACACCUCCUGUCCCAAGGAGCCAGAAGCCUGCAGGACAUCACCAUGGGGACCAGCCUUUGUCUGCUCGCUUUGUCCCUUUGGUCACCCACCCGGGGGGCUGCCAGCCCAACUCCUUCAGGUUUCUCUUCUACAACCCAAGAUGGUCCAACUCCUACAACCCCUUCUACACUGCACAGAAGCCAACCUGUGGGUACCGCUUCCACCGCGACACCGACCACACCAGGAAGGUGAUGGACAUCCAGAGUGCAAACAUUGUGAAAUGGAGAUCCACCCUGGGCACCAAGCCUAAGCAAUAA